GAGAAAGAGGCUUGUGGGAGAAAACAGCCAGGAGGGACGCAGUUUGAAGCGGUCGGGCCUGGAAUAACGGGACGGUAUCUGAGCUUUCACCCGGGUAUGUGGUGCACACUGGCCGCACGGAGGACACACAGACCCGGAGCAGUAGCUAGAAAUCAGCGGAUAUGCCGCUCAAGGCUCGGAACUUUCUACCGUACACACUUCCUGGAGUGCUUGCACUCAUAGGUCUGUGGUGGUACACUUCACGCAAGAAGGAGCAGACCGUCACCAAUGAUGGCGGGGGGAGACAGGCCACAAGUUUGCUGUCUUCACCUGAAGUCAGUGCUGAAGAAGUCAUAGAGGCCACACAUGGCAUAACCCACCAGGAAGGACAUUACACCAAAGAACUGUCACCCGCUGAGCAAGAGGUCGUAGCGCAGAUCAACUCACUCUUAACAAACUCUGCAAUAGAAGAAACUCUUGGGAUCCCCUUGAUAGAUCUGGAAUCAGGAAAGCUAAGCACUUCCUCUCGUGACACAGCCGGCGCUGUCUGUCAACAAAGCGAUCCUGAAUUGAUCAGUGAACAGCCUGACAUAGUUUUAGCACCGAGAGAGCUUGUAGAGAAGGCGUCUUCUCAUAAAAGCCUGCAGACGGCCGCUCUAAGCAAUGAGUCUGGAGUAGAGUCUCUGGGUCAAACACUUGACCAACAAGAAACUGACACUAGGGAAAUAAAAUCAGUUGUGGACUCGUCUCUGGAGUCAGCCAAAGCUGAGACUUUGGAUCUUGAGGUGGAUAAAGAAUUGACAAUAUGUGUUGCUGAAAGUAUUGAAGCAGAUUCGGCUAGAGACAGUCUUUUCACUACCAAAGAACAGCUGACCUCCUCUACACCCACGGAACAUUUUUCAUACGCUCAGACUUUAUCAGAGCAAUCCCUCUGUCACGAAAAUCCUGUGCUUCCUGUCUCUCUUCAAAAUUCAACCAGCUCCCCACUGUCUAAUGAUUCCAUAGAAGGCCAGUAUCAGCAGAACGGGGACCUUAAGCAUACGACCGAUAGUCACAACAGCAUGGAAGAGCUCCACAGUCUUGCAGCCAGCUUGAUUUCUGAAGUCCUCUCAUCUGCUGCCCGUGAGGUCACGGCAGUCAGUACCUGUGAAUCCCAGCAUAGAAAGGUCCCAGAGCAACCCGACAGCAUAGAACCUGCACUUAACGGAACAGGAACCACAAGAGACGAUCACGAACAUGCAUCUCGGGUGGAGUCGUCUACUCAAAGCCACUCGGAUCACUCAUUGAAGCACAUUGUACACAUCUCGGAGGUCAACGGCUGCCUUACUCCCACUGAAUGGGACAUAUCUGGAAAGCAGGAAGACUUCGUUUUUGCUGAUUGCCAGGGACACUUGGAAUCGACUCCAAUCUUGCCCAGGGUUCAGGCCCAAGCGGAAGUCGUGGCUGGAACUGAAGAUUCUGUGUGCAGUACCUUUCAGUCAGAGAGCAGCGUUACAAGCGAGGAUUUCCUUAGCACAGGUUUGUCAUUAACGGCAGUAUCGGGCAGCAAAGACCACAGUUUCGAUAUCAACCAGCAUGGACAGUUGGACACAACUUUUAGCCAGUCUGAGGUUUCAGCUCAAGAAGUAGUAACGGCGGAUUUAGGGUGUGUCACACACCAGUCGGAAAAUGGCAUUUGCACUCGGAACCUCUCUGGCACAGGUUUAGCAGCAGCCGGCAGCAACGAGGAGACCUGUAUUUCUCCCAAAAACCACCAGGGACAGUUGCCAUCGACUCCAAGCCUGCCUGAAGUUCAGGCCCAAGUAGAUAUUGUGACUAAAACGGAAGAUUCUGGAUUGUACACAUGCCAGUUGGAGAGUGGUAUCUGCACUGAGGACCUACCCAAUACGAGUUUGUCAUCAGCGGUACCUUUCAGAAAAGAAAAGCAGGAUCCUUUUGAUCUUGUCAAGUCGAGUCAGUCCGAAGUUGAGACCCAAAAUGAAUUUGUGUCUGGGACGGAGGAUUCGGGGUGCGUCACGUUUCACUUCGAGGACAUCGGUAGCAAAGGCCUCCACAACACGCUGUUAUCAGACACUUCUGAUGACAAACCUGAGAGUGACGAGUUUACGCUGGAUAACAAACAACAACGGUUGGAAUCCAUGCAGGUCCUUACCAGGGUUCAGGCUCAAGAAGAAGUUGUGACCGGAACAGAGGAUUCUGGCUGCAGCACGUGCCAGUCAGAGGACGGCAACAGCAGUGAGGACCUCCUCGGCGCAGGGUCGUCAUCAGCGGUGACCGGAAUCAAAGAUGUGGAGGCUUGUACUACUGGGAUCUUGACUUUGGAGAAAAGGGAUAAUGGAGUACAAGAGAACCUGGUGUCAGCUGAACUGGAAGAACCAGCGCUGAGUUUAAAGCACGCAUCAGCUAAUUGUGCAUCGGCACAGCUUAACGGGGAAGACCUCAAAAAUGGAACCAGUGAAGCAGAGGCAGAUCAGUCGGGUUCAGAUGUGAACAGUAUGGACUCCAUGGACAGCAUCACUUUGGCAGGAGGAGACAGCCAAGAUAGCGGCAGCCAGGGCACAAAUUUGAUUGUGUGGGAAAUAGAGGUACCAAGGCAUCUAGUUGGUAGAUUAAUUGGCAAAAAAGGAAGAUACGUAAGCUUCCUAAAGCAGACUUCUGGUGCAAAGAUCUACAUCUCUACCCUGCCUUACACUCAGGAGUUUCAGAUCUGCCAUAUAGAGGGUACCCAGCAGCAAGUAGAUAGAGCAUUGGCGUUGAUCGGAAAAAAGUUUAAAGAUCUGGAGCUGACCAACGUGUAUACACCUUCGUUGCAGCCCACCACAAUGCCCUCACUUUCCAUUACGUCCUGGCUCCUGCUUCCUAAUGGAGUAGCGGUGGAGGUGAUAGUGGUGAACAUUGUCUCGGCAGGCCAUAUUUUCGUCCAGCAGCACACCCAUCCUACGUACCAUGCUCUUCGCAGUCUGGACCAGCAGAUGUUCCUGUGUUACUCGCAGCCUGGCACUCCUGCCCUACCGUCACCGGCUGAGGUUGGUGUGAUCUGUGCGGCUCCUGUGAUGGAUGGUGCAUGGUGGCGAGCGCAGGUCAUCUCCUUCUACAAAGAUUCCCAUGAAGUGGAGAUUCGAUACGUGGACUACGGUGGCUAUGAGCGAGUGAAGAUCGAUACUCUUCGCCAGAUAAGGUCGGACUUUGUGACGUUACCUUUCCAAGGAACAGAAGUGUUACUGGACAAUGUGGCACCUCUUGCUGGAGAGGAACAGUUUUCAAGUGAUGCCAACUCUGCACUGGAUGAGAUAACACGAGGGGUUCCUUUACUUGCGCAGGUCACAAAUUAUGACAAUAACACAGGCCUUCCGUUAGUCCAGAUGUGGAGCAUGGUUGGAGAGGAGCUGGUGCUGCUGAAUCGUACACUGACUGACCGAGGCUUGGCUACCUGGGUGGACAGCUUCUGAGCCCCUCAGGAUCUCCCGCACCCUCCCAAACACCUCCCUUCACCUUGCACACACCUUAAGUGCACAGUCAAACCGGCUAGCAAAAAGCAUUGCUUUUUACGUUUGGCUCAACAUUUUGCUUCUCCCUUUGAAUAAAAAUGUAGGUAGAGUAUGAAGAAGAAAAAAAAGACAAAAAUUAAGAACCAAGUUUUGAUUACAAAACAUCCUGUAAAAAUUGAAAGAGGAAUCUCUUCAGUGCUUUUGUAAAUGUAUACAAAUCUGAAAUACAAUAGCUGAAAAGUUGGUUAUGUUUUAUGUCUGACCAGGCUCCUUCAGCACAACUGUGGAUGCAAGAGCUGUAAUUGUGUAAAAAAAUGUACAUUAAAAUAUCAAUGGUGCAGUAAACAUUUAGUAUUGGUAACAUUUGGAAAAAAAUUGAAAAUGCUCGGUUUGGGACUGGUCUCAGCAAUGUGUGGAUCAUUUUGUUUUCAUAGGCGUUUCAGUAGUUUAUUCGAUUACUGAAUGUUUCAUAGUGCUGGGGGCUUAGAAAGUGUAUCUCAAAUGCUUGUGCACAUCCAGUGUAUAAAACAGCAGAGGAGAGAAGCACCACAGAGUCGUUCCAACCCAGAGUCUGUUCAGCAAUGUGGCCUUAUGGGACAAACGACCAUCACUCCCAUCCCCUCCCUUAGUGUGCACAGGCCGGACAUUAAGCUUAAUCCGUAACUCUUACAUUUAGUCAAUCAGGACUUCUCGCUGUCUGGAAAGAUACACUAAACCACUGGGUUCCAUUUUAUUAGGACAUCAUGGCUUAUGGAACUGCUACAACUACCGUCUAGAUGAAACCAGAACAUUACGUUGUAUCUGAGUGUGGGCUUUUUUGCACAUUGUCUGCUGUGUCAGUUGUAUGCAUGUAGUCCUUCUGAGCACAUUUUUAAUCCACACAUUGCAUCAAAAACUCACUGUUCACUGUUUGUAGUGGGGCUCACUGUGUACUGGUCUGUAACACCAGAGAAAUAUUGUUCACUCAUUUUUAUUCUUAAAUCAAACGGUUGGUUGCUGAUCUGGAAUCAUUUUUGUUUCACACCCAGACUGGGUAUGAACCCUGUGUUAUUAGUUGACUAAUUAGAUGACACGUUGGCUGCUUGAAUACAUGCUAACAAUUGUUUUGCUGCAAAAAGCUUAAAAAAGCCUCACUUAUAUAUUUUGUUUGAUUUUGGACAUUAAAAAAAGGCUUAUUUGCUGUAUGUUUACUUUGUUUAAACAAAAGGGAAUGUAAAUGCACUGGGACUAGUCCUUUUUAUUGUCAUUAAUAAUGUGGAUUGCAUUCAGGUAGAUGACUGGCCGGAACUUACAUAUUCAGUUUUUUGCUGCUUUUCCACUUUCAUCCUCUGAAUGUGACUAAUUCUACACCAGUCAGAUUCAUAACCUCAAAUAUAUAUAUAUUUGAUUUGGUAUAUACUGAUUUCUGCUUUGAUUUGUUGUAUGUGCGGUUAGGACUCCAUUCUUUAAAAUGUUUUUUCUUGUGUUGCACCGUCUUCAGUCUAAGAACUUUAAACACUUGAAUUUUGUAUUUAAAUUAAUUUGAGAGAUUUUGUUCCUGGAAGAAUAAUUGUUGCUUCAUUAAACUGUAAGGACUAGAUUAUUACUAUGGUCAAACGUACAAACUUUUUAAAUGGUAAACAAGAAUAUAGUUCUUGAGAUUACUGCAAAGACGAGGGCACAUUUCUACACUACUACUAGCAGUAUCUUCAGUCACCGAAAAGAUUUAGGAUCAUUAUCAAUGUUGCGUCUCAGGAAUGAGUUUCGUCACCGGUUGCUUAUUUGUUUGGUGUACUGUCUAAAAUUGUGGGAAAUGUCUAUCAUGCAAUGGCGUACCAAAUGGCUUACAGAAUAGUCUGUAGUUUUUACUCAAAGUAUUUAUUCACUGAAGCAGAUGACUGAGUGUUGGUACUUCUCUUGGAUUGAUGUGUAUCAACCUCCCCCUUCCUUAGUUUAGGUUUAAAGUUCAUGAGGGUUGUAACCACUCUUUUCCCUGAACACCAUCAGCUUAUGACCUUGAUUAAGCCCGUUUUUAUUUGGUACUAAUUGCAUCCAUCCCACCUUUUGCAUUCUUAUAAUGAUUAAUCAAACCAUGUUUCCUUGUCUGCAUCUGUGUAAAUAAGAUAUUUUACUGUUUUUGUAAAACACUAGAAGUGUGUGGGGGUAACACAGGGAUCAUGUUUUUCCACCCCUUUCAGAAAGGACACAUUUGUGAGUAGGAUUGGUUUGAAGUGUUGGCCUAGCUAGUUGACCUAAAAUUCGAUUAUUUAACUGAGUGUAAGCAAUUCUGCCUGGAGUGUCGACAUGUACAGGUUUUUUUUUUUUUUUUUUUGCUAGACUCAUGAGAAGGUUUGAUUCUUGAUUGUACAGAUCUAUAUAUAAAAAAAGAGAAUAAAGUUAUUAAAAUA